AUGACUUCUUCUUCCGACUAUAAAAGAAAGAACAGUUUGUUUGAAACUUUUCUUUGUUUUCUUGAAAAAUCACCUAAAAAGCCUUCGCUAGCGACAUGUGGACCAAAUGAUGUAAGAAUUUUUUUGGUUUGGAAGGAUAAGUUUGGAAAAACUACUGUCCAUGAUAUUAACUGUCAAUAUUUGGGAUUAAAGGGUAUGUUUGAGUGUUCUUGUCCUAACCGAUUAGCUUCGGCAACAGUAGAAGGUCUCAUUAACCAAUUGGUAAAUUUAUUUGAUGAUAAAGGGUUGGGUAGAACUUGGUGUGAUGUGGAAAGAAAAGGAAAUCCGGCAGUUUCACCUGUAAUCAAAGAGUAUCUAAAAUUGGUGCAAGUUGGACAAGCUAAGGCGCAUAUUCUACCCAAACAGGCGAAGCCUAUAUGUUUGACAAAGAUUAGAUCUAUUAGUGCUUUUAUUUCUCGGGAACUUCAAAAAGACGGUUCUAAGCUUAAGGAAAAAUUUGUCCUUUACAGAGAUCAAGCUUGGUUUAAGUUGCAGUAUUCUGCUGGCGAUAGAGCAAGUGAUCUCUCUAUAGUUGUUGCACAAGAGGUGAAGUUUCUUAAAGACGGUUCAGGGUUUGUUUUCCAGCAUACGUUUGGUAAAACUCUCCGAGGUAAAAAGGGUAGGAGUAACUCGUUCGUCAUCAAGAGAUGCGAUGACAAUGUAGUUUGCCCGGUAAAAGGAUUGUUGGAUUUUGUUCAAUUUGCCCACUCGUGUAAUGUGGAUUUGACAAAAGGCUACUUGUUUAGGGUAGUUUCAGAAAGUGGUAGGGUGUUGGAGAAACCAGUUAGUUAUUCUGUGGUAUAUGAGAGAUUACGAUACUAUCUGUCGACUCUGGGUAUAUAUGAAGGGGAAACGCCUCAUAGUUUCCGGUCUGGUUGUACUGUUACUAUGGCUUUGUCUGACUCAGCUAGCAAUGUUGACGAGGUGAUGAAUCACGUUGGGUGGUUCGGUAAGGCAAGUGCGGAAUAUUAUGGUCGUGUAAAUACACUGAUUGAUUCUGAAAUUGUGGCUUCGAAUCUUGCGUCGUCUGUUAGCCAAGCCGAAAAUAUUGAACUACAAUAUAGAGAGAAGGCAGAUUUUUCCGGGCUAAAAAGGGUUUUUUAA